GAAUAGAUAUUGAUGAUAGUGCAAUUUUUAGUACAUGUAUAAUGUUAAUGGUACAUGGUACAGCUAGCCAGCUAUAGCUAGCUACCAGCCUAAUGUCAGUAACAGAGCUCUAGAAUGUCACAAGAAAACUCUACUUUGUCCCCCCGAGAGCAAGACUCUACGUACAACACUCCACAGCACCCAGAGCACCCAGUUGAUUGCAUUGCCCUAUCACUAGAUGACCACCAAGAAGAUACUGAGAGUCCACCAACUAGCUCUCUAUUUCUGUGUCACUCUAAUCUGAGUGCUCUGUUGGAAACAGCCACUGGUCUGUCACUAGGGGUAACCUCGGGAGAGCCUCAGGGUCGUGUUUGUGAGGGACCUAGAGAGGGAUGUAACGUUGCCGGAACACAGCAGAGCUCUAGAAGGCCGGAACAAGAACUAGUGAAUCAGCGAGAAAUACAGUCUGUUGAGAUUCACUUGCCAUUGGACAGUUACCAUGGCGUCCAUGAUCCGAGGCUCCCCCAGUUGGCCCCGCCCAUUCCAGUAAGCACACUCUGUGAGAAGACUACCACUUCUCAGCCGACCACACCCACCCCUCAUGCUCUUCUGUUGGCCCCACGUACCCUUCAUCACUCCCCUGUACGAACUCGAGGUGAACCCUCACACAUCUCACACCAUCACAGCUCUCCCAUACACCCACGUCCCGAACAUGCCUCUGAUCGUUUGCUAUGUUCACAAAUAAGCAUUCCCAUGGACCAAAUCGACGAAGAGGAGGCAUCUCAAGUGAGUGUUGCCUCUCGGUCGUUCCCCUACUCUCAACGCAGCAGCAUGGCUUCAUCGAUGUCCUCCAUGCCCACUAACGAAGGGGAAAUCCCUUACAACUUUUACCGGCCGGAUUCAUUCCAAACCCAUUCCCGGAAUGUAUCCGAGACGCCAUCUUUACCCCCAUUCCACUGUUCGAGUACAUCUUCAGCAUAUCAUUCAAGAAACUCAUCAUUCGGUUCUCAAUUUAGUAGUUCGUGUUUCGAAUCUGAUAGUGUUUUGACUGAUAUUGAUUCUUGUCUAGCGGCGCACUCUGGUAGCCAUGGAGAUAUCAAACAUCCAAUCAGAUUGCAGGAUCCCCGUAUUUUAAGACUGAGUGAAUCAUCACACAUGUCAUACACUUCUGAAUGGAGCUUACGUCAUCACAUGAAUCGACCUAUCGGAUUAUCCAAUCAAUCCCCGAACCUCGAUGAAACACUUCAACAUAUGGAAAGUUUCGAGGAACGCAAGAAGCUAGCCAAACUCAAGACCUCUGAAUGGAUCAAGAGACAGUUGAAUGUGUGUAGAGACUCUGUAGUGCAAGUUAAAGUGAGCUCCAAGACCAAACACGUAGUGCACUUCAAUGUGAGGGCUGGGGACGUGAUUGUGUGGGAGUUUGCCACCAAGAAGAAGGACAUUGCCUUUGGUGUACUGUUUGAAGCCACACAAGUGGCCACAGUGGACCCCAAUGAAGCCACGGAAGAGCAGUGCCCCGAAGACAAGAUAGUAUCCAUUCUGCCAAUGUUCCGGAUGAACACUCACACACGACCUGUGUUUGGCACACACACCACAACUCGCGACGGCGUCUACGAGAUUGUCUUUGAUAACACGUACUCUAGGUUCUUCGCUAAAGAGUUGUUCUACAGAAUCACUACCCAACCUCUCGAACCAAACUCAAAUUAUUCGCAACAGUGAGCAGUUCUUUGAAAUUACUUGCUCUUGUUACGUACCAUUCUUGUUAUUGCUUAAUUAAAUCUUUUUAUAUCAGCGCGCACAACACUAAAUCUCUGCAAAUGUCUUAUAUCAUGAUUAGCAUUUUUAGAACUUAGUCAAUUGAGGUAGUAUAAUUAUGCGUUGUCACCAUUCUCUCAUCAGAUUUAAAUGAUGAUGUACGUGCUGCCAAUAAUAAUAACAUUAUUAAUUAUCACCAA